ACGCUAAGGAUGAAGAUCCAGGAGUCGCCCGUCGCCUGUGACGCGGGGAGGAUCGGAGGCGGGGAGGUGCGCGCCUCGGAGCCGGACCGGGAGGACGUUCCCCGGCUGGACCUGACAGCUCUGACCGAGGACAGCAGCUGGGGAGAGCCCAUCCCGGCGUGCCCGCUGCAGAGGGAGAGCAUGGACCGCGAGGAGGCGCGGCUGUCGCCCCACGCCGGGGGACGCCUGAUCCGCCAGCUGGUGGAGGAGGACAGCGACCCGAUGGUGUCCCCCCGUUUCUACGCCUACGGACACAGCCAGCAGUACCUGGACGACCCGGAGGUGCCUCCUUCGCCGCCGAACGCGCACUCCUUCAUCAGUCGCAGACGAAGUUCAUCUCUGGGCUCCUGCGACGACGAGAGAGAGGAGUUGACCUCCGCCCAGCUGUCAAAGAGGAUCCACGUGCUGAAGAAGAAGAUCCAGAGGUUUGAGGAGAGGUUUGAAGACGAGAGGAAAUACAGGCCGUCCCACGGCGAUAAAGCUGCAAACCCAGAAGUGCUGAGAUGGCUCAACGAGCUGGCCAGGCUUCGCAAGGAGCUGAAGGAACGCAAGCUGCUGAAGUCCGAGGAGGACCUGCCGCCCGUGACGCGCCAGCGCAGCAACACGCUGCCCAAAAGCUUCGGCUCCCAGCUGGAGAAGAAGCUCCAGCAGGAGAAGGCGCCCAAGCCUCCGGUGGAGAGCACGCUGGAGGCCAUCUUGAAAAAGCUGCAAGAGAAGAGGGAGGAGAUGAACCGGCCCGAGGACAUCAAGGAUAUGACACGGGAGCAGAUCGGAGCAGAAAAGGUGGCCAUGCAGAAAGCCCUGCUCCACUACGAGAGCAUCCACGGCCGGCCUGUGACCAAGAGCGAGAGGCAGAUCAUGAAGCCGCUGUACGACCGUUACCGGCUGGUGAAGCAGAUCCUCUGCAGAGCCUCCACCAUCCCCGUCAUCGAGGAGGAGGACGGCUCGGAGGACGACGCAGACAUAAAGCCUCAGUUCACAGAGAACAUUCAGCCCGAGCUCGGCGUCUUCAGCUUCAUGGACGAGGAAGUCGACGGUUUCAUUUCCCCCGUGGACGACCUGUCCCCCUCAAAAACCACGGCGGACAUGGGGCUGUCCAACCUGCACUCGGCCACCAUGCAGGAACUCCUGGAGCAGCUUCAAGAGACGAGAGAAGAAAAGAAGCGGAUCCGCAAGAACCUCAAAGAGUUUGAGGACCAGUUCUUCAGACAGAACGGCAGAACCGUCCAGAAGGAGGACCGCUCCCCGCUCGCAGACGAGUACCACGAAUACAAACACGUGAAGGCCAAACUGCGACUGCUGGAAGUCCUCAUCAGCAAAAGAGACUCUACUAAGUUCAUCUGAGAUGAUAUCCAUUUAAAAAAAAUAAACUGCUAGGACUGGUGCUCAGUUUCCUGUGAUGCAAACAUCUCACUCUGUUGGAAUAAAGCGGGAACAAGACGCUGCUCUGGGAACAGACGAAGCCGGCCGCUCCUCCUGGGAAGACCUUCUCCGCCGGAGCGAGAUUCUUCUUCAGCCAAGGCGGCGCGCGCACAAAUAAACCUAAAUCACUGAUAAUUUAUUUCCAGCUAUAUAUUUUUUCUUAUGUUAAACUGUAGAAAAACCUUUUCAAAGUAAAAGCCUAAUAUUAUUAUUUAGGAGAAAAUAGUCGUGAAGAUUGUUGCUAUUUUUGAAGGACUUUGCGAUGAAGACGCGUAUUUAUGCAUAUUUUUCUAAGGGAGAUGUUACUGUUUGUAUCAGUUUCCACACAAAUUGAAUAGCUUCAGUUAUUUCAGUUCUGGCCACCAUUUAACCGUCUGAAAUGAUCUUUUUUUUUUUUUUUGCUUCUUUAGAAGUCGAAUCGAAUACUUGCUCACUAACAGAAAUGGAUUUGUCUUUCACUACGGCCCGAGUAGAGGCACUGAUCACUCAAACUGCUCGUUUCUGUGGCCACUUUUUAGCGUUUGGUGGGAAACCGUGUUCGCUUCUCACUUUAUGGCGGAUAAGCUGGUCUGUAGGUCACUGUGGGUUGUUUUUUUUUUUUUUCACAACGCUGUUCAAAGCAGACGAACGUGCAGGAGAGGACGUGGCCGCCCGUUUGUUUCUCUGUAAAUACGGAUCACCGAGUAUGUUUACGUUUCUGUGAGCGAGUCGUUUUAUCUCCUUUCUUUCUCCAAAAUGGAUGAUUACCUGUGUGAAUUUUGUUUUCACUUAGUGUAAACACUGGCCAGGCUUAACGAAUCCUGAGUGUGUACAUUUUAGUACAUAAAAUUGUAUUUUGUAUAUAAUAUGAAUUAAAUCAUAUUUUUACCGACA